AAUGAGUGGCUGCUCUGGGGGGUGGCGCUCCCUGGAAGCUCCACAGCGGCUGCUCUCAGGUUUUCAGGUCAGCUCAAUGCAAAGCCUUCCAGAAGGGGCAGGGGGUGAGCUGAUGAACUCCACGGCCGAGGGGUUUUCAUGUAUAUCUGGAAGACGGGACACAGGAAAGAGCGAGAAAAUUUUCCUCAGCUUCUACUGAGUCAGAAAAGCUCAGCUCCCAAACAGACUGUCCCCUGAGGCCUCACACAGCUGGGAACGGAUCCACAAUACAGCCAAGGUUUGUGGGUGGCUCCUAGAAGAUCUUGAUUUGCUCCCAAGGGAAUAUUAUUUUACUGGAUUUGUUUCCUGUCAAACUGUGCCCCCUGGUCAACCAUGAACCAGCCAGACCCUGCCGAUGACGCGGACCCCAGCCCUGCAGCCCUGUGUGUGGUGUGCGGCCAAGCCCACUCCCCUGAGGAAAACCACUUCUACACCUACCCGAAAGAUGUGGACGAUGACCUCAUAUGCCACAUCUGCCUGCAAGCUUUGCUCGACCCUCUGGACACUCCCUGUGGACAUACCUACUGCACACUCUGCCUCACCAACUUCCUGGUGGAAAAGGACUUCUGCCCCGUGGAUCGAAAGCCUCUAGUUCUGCAGCACUGCAGGAGGUCCAACAUCCUGGUCCACAAGCUCCUCAACAAGCUGCUGGUGACCUGCCCGUUCGUGGAGCACUGCACUGAGGUGGUGCAGCGCUGUGACCUUGAACAUCACUUCGAGACCAGAUUAGCUUUCAUCCUCAAGUUUGUCACCUCUUGGUCUCAAGAUGGCUCCUCAAACUCCAGCAUCAUGUCCAAGUUCCAGGUAGAAAGAACCAGAGACUUGAGAAGCAAUGUGAUGUGUCCAAGAUUAUCAGAAAUACAGUCCAGCAUCCUAGGCAUCCUGCAGCCUCUGUUCUACGCCGUGCUGCUCAUGAGUUAUGAGCUCUCCAGUAGAAAGGAGAAAGGGCCUUGGAGAAAGGGCCUGUUCCAGGCCUUGGAAGCUCCAUAUUCAGGAAAAGUCUGUAACAUGUCUUGUCCCUAA